AUGGAGGAUGACUCACUCUACUUAGGAGGUGAGUAGCAGUUCAAUCACUUUUCAAAACUCGCAUCUUCUCAGCCAGAGGCAGCUUUUGCUGAAAUCCAGCAGACAUCUCUCCCUGAGAAGUCACCACUCUUAUCUGAGACCCGUGUCGACCUCUGUGAUGAUUUGGCUCCUGUGGCAAGACAGCUUGCUCCCAGGGAAAAGCUUCCUCUGAGUAGUAGGAGACCUGCUGCGGUGGGGGCUAGGCUCCAGAAUAUGGGAAAUACCUGCUACAUGAAUGCUUCCCUGCAGUGCCACACACCGCCCCUUGCCAACUACAUGCUGCCCCUGGAGCACUCUCAAACUUGUCAUCGUCACAAGUGCUGCAUGCUCUGUACCAUGCAAGCUCACAACACACGGGCCCUCCACCGUCCUGGCCAUGUCAUCCAGCCCUCACAAGCAUUGGCUGCUGGCUUCCAUAGAGGCAAGCAGGAAGAUGCCCAUGAAUUUCUGAUGACCAUUGUGGAUGCCAAAAAGGCAUGCCUUCCCGGGCACAAGCAGGUAGAUCAUCACUCUAAGGACACUACCCUCAUCCACCAAAUAUUUGGAGGGGACUGGAGAUCUCAAAUCAAGUGUCUCCACUGCCAGGGCAUUUCAGACACCUUUGAUCCUUACCUGGACAUCGCCCUGGAUAUCCAGGCAGCUCAGAGUGUGAAGCAAGGUUUGGAACAGUUGGUGAAGCCCUAAGAACUCAAUGGAGAGAAUGCCUACCACUGUGGUCUUUGUCUCCAGAAGGCGCCUGCCUCCAAGACAUUAACUUUACACACUUCUGCCAAGGUCCUCAUCCUUGUAUUGAAGAGAUUCUCCGAUGUCACAGGCAACAAACUUGCCAAGAAUGUGCAAUAUCCUGAGUGCCUUGACAUGCAGCCAUACAUGUCUCGGCAGAACACAGGACCUCUUGUCUACGUCCUCUAUGCUGUACUGGUCCACGCUGGGUGGAGUUGUCACAAUGGACAUUACUUCUCUUAUGUCAAAGCUCAAGAAGGCCAGUGGUAUAAAAUGGAUGAUGCCGAGGUCACUGCUUCUGGCAUCACUUCUGUCCUGAGUCAACAGGCCUAUGUCCUCUUUUAUAUCCAGAAGAGUGAAUUGGAAAGACACAGUGAGGGUGUGUCAAGAGGCAGGGAACCAAGAGCCCUUGGCCCUGCAGACACAGACAGGCGAGCAACGCAAGGAGAGCUCAAGAGGGAACCCUGCCUCCAGGUACCCGAGUUGGACGAGCACUCGGUGGAAAGAGCCACUCAGGAAAGCACCUUAGACCACUGGAAAUUCCUCCAAGAGCAAAACAAAACGAAGCCUGAGUUCAACGUCAGAAAAGUCGAAGGUUCCCUGCCUCCCAACGUAGUUGUGAUUCAUCAAUCAAAAUACAAGUGUGGCACGAAAAACCAUCAUCCUGAACAGCAAAGCUCCCUGCUAAACCUCUCUUCGACGAACCCGACAGAUCAGGAAUCCAUCAACACUGGCACACCCGCUUCUCGGCAAGGGAGGACCAGGAGAUCCAAAGGGAAGAACAAACACAGCAACAGGGCUCUGCUUCUGUGCCAGUGAUCUCAGUGGUAGUGCUGACCCACGCGUAGGGGUGAACAUACCCACACAAAUACAC